CUAUGAGUACGAAUCAGCAUCAAGGAGGUGUGGAGGAGCCGCGGCUGAUCCCCCUUCUGAUGCCCUCAGAUGGAGCAGGAUUGGUCUUCUCAGAAGAACAGGACUCAUCUUCUAGUCGUGCUGGAGCGAGUAACAGUAGGUCUAGGGGCAACGCGCUUCUUCUGGGAACAGUCUUAGCUGGUGACGUGCUGGACACUAUAUAUGAAGAAGCUGAUGCAGAUGCUGAUGAGGAGGGCGACGAGCAGGAGAGCGCGCCCUCAUCUGAGGACGACCUCGGGCACCUACCAGAUCAGGAAGAUGAUCUUCUAGCGGACUGAUCUCACCUAUGGCGAGACACGGUUGCGCAUGUCGAUUUGCAGGAAUGACUCAGCAGGAGAAUUUAAGUGCACAUAAUGCAAAAAAGACGCUCAAGAGUCUCAAGAAGAGUCUUGAAGGAAAUUCUUUCAAGAUGAUCAAGG